CAGCAAUCUCUUUGAUUGCCAGAGAGGCUGCUAGAAGAGACUCCAGCGAGUGUUCCAUAGACUAUCUAGAGUGCGCUGAUUGUGAGUGCGUCUCCAUAGGCCAUGCGUCUGUCUGCCGUUCCCCCCUAACCCUCCUUUUAUGACGGUAUGUUGACAAUCGUUCAUCGUUGUCCAGCUGAGAUAUAGAUGCUUGUGGUUCCGACUUUUAAAUAUUUAUCAUUACACAUGAAAUUUUGAAGAUGGAGAAAGGUAUCAGCAAAAUACUUGACAUAUCGUGGAGAUUUGGAGUGACAGCAGCAAGUAACGAUUCCGACAAUGUUGCAAAGUCAUUUCUACAACUUAAGUUAUGUCUUGAGGAUGAAGGUAAAGUCAAGAAUAUAUUUACUGAGAUGACAAUAGGCCAAUUUUACAAAUUUCUACAUGAUUUGGAAAAGGCAAAAUGUAAUCUUGAUUUGUUGCUGUAAACGAAUACAUGGAUAUUAAGAUAA